CCGCGCGCGCCCGCUCAAACUUACUCGCCUCGCGACAUUCGCCUUCGAGAAGAGAGCAGCGGACAGUCGUCUAAGUGAAUGCAUGUUCUAAAAACUGGACGGACCCCAAGCUGAUUUUACAAGACAAAUAGAAGAGAAACGCAGAUAAAGUGUCACGACCUCUGGAUCGACGAGUGUGUUGGCCCAAGUGGUUUGCAUGUAAGUACCUUUGAGAGUUUUUGACGUCGUUUCUCGACAAUCCUGCACGUGCGAGGAUGAAGACAAAGGAAAGCUGCUGAUUCUGAUUGCUGAUGGGCUCGAUCGAAACACGAGGUGAUUGAAUACGUAGUUUUGACUGUAAAAUUAAAAAUGCACAACAACAAAUCGUUUAAAUCUGCUACGAUGGAUGAGGUGGAAAAGAAAGCACAUUAUGAGAAAAAGAUAAAGGCUGCCUCUCUGGCAUUUUUGGAAGAGAAGAAUUAUGCAAAAGCUUCUCAUGACUACAACGAAGCAUUGAAAAUAGCCAAUGAAUUGCAUUUUGGUGCCAUGAAGGAAUGCAUACUCAGGUUUAUGAUUUGUCACUGCAAAGUGUUGGAGUCAAACAAACUGGAAGAUUUGGCAGAGGUAGUCAUGACACUUCAGACAAUUAACAAGACUCUCAAAGAAAGAUUUCCUGCUAUUUAUUGCCUCUUAGCUUACACUCAUUGCAAGCUGUAUAGGUUUGACCAUGCUUUGGAAAGUUUGAGAGCAGCUAAUGAUAUUUUCAAAAGGAAUCAAUUGUUGGAGAUAUUCUACAUUCCUGGUACUACUACACCAAUUGAACAAAACCCAAAGGGUAAAAUGUGGUCAAUAGUUGAAAAAGAAUGCGCGAUUUAUCAUAAACCUGAUGCCAUUUGUGCUUCAAAAGAAUGUAAUCAAAUCACUAAACCUUACGUAUCUCCAAACAAAAAUAUAUAUGUAAAAGAUCCAGCUUUCAACGGAAUGGUAAUAGUUCAUUGCAAUAAUAAAGAACGAGGAUGUAUACUGAAGUUUCAUCCAUCUUGUUGGAAAGUUAUAAAGGAUGAAACAAAUUUGGUUCAAAAAGUUUUAGACAAAGACAUGUUGGGCGUUCAAUGUUUUACACCAAAUUGCAUGUAUGAAAAUAAUAUUUGCAGAAUAUCAUUGAUUGAAGUGCUAGGGCCGAAUGGAGAGGUAAAAGCGCAAAUGAAAAAAACAACUAAUGACUCUUGGCCUGUUAACAAAAAUGUAUCUAAGGGUGCUAUAAAGAAGCAAAAAGCAGUUUGUACAACGACUACAGAGAGUCCCAAAUUUACACCUCGAAAGGAGCAUGUUCCUGUUAUUCCAACGACCGAAUUCAGAGAUCAAAAGAAACUUAAUCGUUAUGAUGAUUUUUGCGACGAAAACCGAUUAGUUACCGUGACAAUUGGCAGCGCGAAUUUUGAUGCAACAGAUAACUCGCCAGAAGCUGGAGAAAGGGCAUUUUUAUUUUCGCUCUUUUAUCACUAUAUUCGAGACAAUUUGGUACGAGUUUGUGAUCUAUAUAAUAAAUUUUAUGAACUUAGAGAAAGCUUGGUGUAUUUCAAGGACAUUGACAUUUUGAGCUUUCUACUUGAUACAAAUGUUAUUAGUCUAAUGGAUAACAAAGAUGUGGGCGAUAUGCUUGAUGACCUCAUGAAUGAUGGUUACAUAGAUGGUUACUUCAAUGAUGCAACUGGGAAUCGCAAAAGCAACAACAACAAUAUUCCGGAUGUGCAAUGCUUAUCAAAUGGUCGUAAUGGUAACUGCAAAGAGGAUGAAGAAGCAGCUGGUGGUGAUGAAUUGUCACGUUAUCCAGAAAAUAAUUCAAUCGAUGUAAAUAAAAAAAUUACGGAAUACAAUGAGUUGCAAGAUUAUGUAGCUUCAUUAAAAAGAGAAAUAAGAAAUUUGGCGGAAGAAACUAGUCAAUUGAAAAAGGAAGCACAAGAAAAGGAUUACAAGAUUGAAGUUUUCUUAAAACAGAUGAAUGAAUGCGAAGCAUUGUAUGAAGAAAUGAGUGAUUUUAGAGUAAGAUAUGACGAAAUAAAAGAUGAAAAUUUUAAUCUAAAAAAAGAAAUAAUUACUUUUGUCAAUGAUAAAAAAUUGUUGGAAGAGCAAAUCGCAAAGUUGAAUGAUUCUGAAGUAAGGCGAAACGAGAUUAAACAAACGUUCGAAACAGAGUAUAAAAUUUUGCAGGAUUGCAUAAACUCCUCGUGGGAAAAAAAGACUAAAGAGUUGAAUGCAUCUUUAAAGCAGGAAUUAGAAGCGAAAAAAUCGUUGUUAUCUAGAUACCUCCAGACUCAGUUUGAUGCCUAUACAAAUUUAUUAAAUGAAUACAUUAAUCAAUGUACCAUUGAAUUAGAAGUUAUUGGUAAACUUAACGGUUGGAUGGAAAAAUAUAUGAAUGUAAAAUCCUUCAAAGACAAUACAAAGUGGAUGAACAGGUUGAUUUACCUUCAGAAAGCUUCUGAUGACCUCCAGAAAAAUUUUACAAACCUUUUCGGUAAACUUGAUACCGAAGAAUGUCCAGACGAAGUUUGCUUAGAGUGCCCGAGCGUCCCUGAUGCGCUGAAAGAGAACCUCAGCGACAUCGUGAUGAAUGCGUUGAACGCUUACUACAUAAGCCAAUAUGAGUUCGUGAAGAAUUUAAUGCAGAAACAACAGCAACAGCAGCAACAAAUAAAUCAACAGUGGCAGACUCAGCAACUGCAAGCACAACAAUUGCAGCGAUCAGCGGCAUACAUGCACGCUUAUCAAUACAACGCUUUCCAGCAACAUGCGCUUCCGUUUGCUUCUACGAUAGCUCCACAUCCAGCCUAUCCAGUAGGCAGGCAGAUACUAAAUCAGCAGUUCUAUUCUCAGCCACCCAUUGUGCAAAACGGAACUAGUAUUCCCGACCAGAAGACCAAUGUUGAAAUAAAAGAGUUGAGCAGCAGCAGCAGCGAAAAUUCAUCGGUAAAAUCAGCGACUUCAUUACUUGGGAAACUUGACAUUCAAAAUAAGAAAGAAGAGUUAAAAGCAGAGACCACUGCACCAGUCAAGACCGAUUUGAAGGAAGAGACAAAAACUAAGCGCAAAGAAUCAAAGGACAUUUUCGAUAAGAUUUCAGAGAAACAAGAGCAAAUGCGAAAAGCUUUAAAAGCUAUAGCAUUGAACGUUAGAGAAAAGGCAGAUACGGAACCCGUACAAGACGAACAGUCUAAUACUUACAUGAAUGGUGACUCCAAUGAAGUCGAAAAAAAAAUAGAAGCCGAUGACAACGGUUUACAUUUAGAAAUAGACGACGAUAAUAAAUCUGACUUGACUAGUGUAACUUCAAAAGGGAAUAGCCCUAAAUUGAAGAAGAAAGCCGGAAUCAAUUCUUUGAUUAAGGUCAUGCAGCAAAGAUAUCCGGGAGCAUUAGAAGUCGACAUAGUCGAGAUUAUUGCGGAAAUUCGUAAGAAGAACAACGGUACCUUGACGGGUAAACCGGUGAACGAAAUUCUUAUCGAAUCCGAAGAAUACUUCUCGCGCAAUCAACGAAUACAUGUGAUGAGUUAUACUUUGAACGAUGGAAGCAAGUCAUCUUGCAGUGAAUCCUCUAAUAACAUGCAAGGUUCUGCGCAAAAAACUCCGCAUAGAGAUUGGAUUUCGCCUAGUAUUUCAGAAAAGUUUAUGAAUGGAACGGAUACCAGAUCUGUACAAAAAAAAGCUUGGAAUAUAAUAAUACCUCAAGAAGAAGCAAAGUGGACAGGUAGUGGUGAAAUAGAGUGUUCAAUAUGCAUGAAUUAUGUACAAAAACAAAAAUGUUACGCCUUAACCUGUCGACAUUCCUUCCAUAUUGAGUGUAUAAAAAAGUGGCUAAAAUCUGAUCGAUCAUGCCCAAAUUGUCGGGUCGUAGUCACUGAGGAUGACGAGUUUCCACCACUUCCUGCAUGAACUUAAGUUAUUCUAUUAUUAUUAUGCUAUAUAAUUGUCAAGACUGUUUCGAGAGUUACCACGGCUUAACUGUUGACUUAGAAUAAUCUAUUUUUCAAGUUUUAUAUUCGCCAUAUUCAUAAGAAUAAGAUAAUUUUUUUAUAAAAAUAGACAUAAGUGUUUAUAAAGCUGAAAUGUAUUUCAUUUAUAAAAUAGAGCUAAAAACACUGUUUGACAUUUA